UUUAAAUGUAAAAAUCUCAAAAUUAAAGAAACAAUUCACAAUACAUUUGUUAUUAAUAGUAAUAAUAUCGGUCAUGAAUCUUCAAUGGAAACAAAAGAAGUUGAAGAGUUCUUAAAAAUAACACAAGCUUACAUAAGACAUUUAGAAUUGCAAAAUAUGAAUGUCAUAAGUGAUAGAUUUUCCUAUGAUUUCGAAAACUUAAGCUCAAUAAAUUUCAAAAAUAGUCUAUUGGAAAAUGAAAUUUUACAACAACUGGCCCAGAAUUGUAAACAAUUGGUUAGCUUACAGCUGGAGUGCUGUAUAAAUUCUAAACGUGAAUGCCUACAGAUCGAUAACGAUAUUGACAUUUGUAUUUUUAGUCAUAUGAAGAAAUUAAAUGAUCUCUAUAUAGAAGAGAGUUACGAUGUUAAAAUGGCAUAUCGCACAUUUCGGCAACUGUAUAAGAUACUAAAACUUAAAUCUAUGACCAUAAAAUCAGCUAUACAUUUUGAUGAUCACGAAGAGGAGAAUGAAAACGAUCAUGCUGCUGUAACAAUUCCAAUUGAAAAUCUAGUUGUUGAUAGAUUUUGUGAUGAAAUUUCUUGGUUUAAAUUUUCCUCUAACUGGCUUGGUCGCUUUAAAAAUCUUACGAAAUUGUUUUUAAUGUUUGAUUAUUUGAUCAUAAAUGACUCAGUUUUGCAAACUUUGGCCUUUGAAUGUCAGCAAUUGCAGGAGUUGUCUCUGGAUAAAUGUAAAUUAACAGUGCAUAAUUUUUGUUUAUUGCCAAAUCUCUCUAUUCUAACUUUAAAUUUGUGCUGGGAUUUAAGUGGUCCCAAUUUAACAGAUAUUUUAGCCAUGAAGAAAUUACAAACGCUAACUAUUUUGAAUACCAGCUGCCAGGAUAGUAUCUAUGAUUAUGUGUAUUUUUCACAUAACUUGACCACAUUAACUUUGGAAACGUCUCUAAAUCAAGAUAUAAUGCCAGCCUUAAGCAAUUCACAAAAUCGUUUUGAAAAUGUUUCUUCUCUAAUUUGGCAUCAAGUCAAUAGCAUGUCUGCCAAUUAUAGCAUGACAAGAUUACAACAUAUUUCCUACAUCUAUCCCAAUUUAAUGGAAUUAUUAUUGGAAAGACAAUAUAUAGCCCUAGAAGAUUUGAGGCGUUUAACGAGUUUAAGUGUGUUUAAGUUUUAUUUUUUCGACUCCAUGUCCUGGAAUUAUUUGGAAAUGUUAUUGAAACUGCCGUAUCUGACACAUUUAACCAUUGGUUUGUCUGCGAAAAUCUAUUGCGACCUAAGCCAGCUGUCCGUGGUCAAACGUGAAAAUGGUCUCGGUUUAACGACAAAUUUGGAAUAUUUAAAAAUUCCAUUAAUUGUUUUUGGAGUAGCACUAAAUUUUUGGCUGAGUUUUCUGCAAAGAAAUCUAAAACUGAAAUUACAAGUUUUCACUUAUUACGGCGUGAAACUGUUUCAAAUUCGAUUUUUUGAAAGACUCAUGCGUAACAAUGCAUUUCCCAGCAAUUUGAAAUCUAUUGAUAUUUGCGGCAUAAGUGUAGACUGUAAAGAACUAAAAGCGGACUAUAACACUACUGUGAGUAAAUUUGAUUUUAAGAAGAACGAUCAAGGAGAGUACUACAUAAUACUUAAAAAUCCAAAAUAGUUAGAAACCAUUACUUUUUUUUAAUAUAAUUUAUUAGAACUCAAGCGUUAAUGGAAUUAUACUACAAUAACUAUAAAUAUAUGUGUGACUAUAUGUAAAUUGUACUUAUAAAUAUAAAGAAAUUAUUAUAAAAUUUUAUUUA